AUGUUGACGCCAUAUUAUUUUGUCCCCAUUACAAAUUUGCCUCGAUUUCAUUAUGAGUUUGUGUACUGUUCUGUGGAUAAAACUCUGUUAUGUUGUCAUAAAUGCUGCAAGAGCGGCCAUCGAAAGAAGAAAACCAUAAGAAAUGUAAACUGGAUAGAUGAGAAGAAAAGCUUUAGUAAUUUUCGAUAUCGGUUGUCAUGCAGGGCAAAGAUGGAUGAUAAUGAUGCUGUAAUCAAAGACAAGAUCCAAAAGCUGGAAGAAGAAUUUGAAGGUUCUUCACAAAACCUAGAGACAGAAGUAAGUCAAGGAAACGAUACAUUCACAAGCAAUGAUAAAUUUGAAGGACAGGCACCUGUUACUUCCUCACAUCAAGAACAAAACAGUAUAUCAACAAGUUGCAUUUCAAAGGAUCUAGACACAAAAAUAUCACAAUCUGAUGGCCCUAGCAAAGAAGCCAAUACUGUUCAACAAGAUGACAUGCUGGUUGGCAACCAUACAGAUCUUGGAGAUGCCAAUGAGCAAAUUGUGAAUGAAAAACAAGCACAAGACCAAGAAUCGCGUUUGGGUGGCAAUAAUCAGCAACAUGACUUGACAAAGUUUGAGGCUGAAAAAGAACCUGAGAGUUUGAAUGAUAAUGCAGACCUACCAGUAAAAAAGAAAAUAGGAGAUCCAGUCCCAGAGGUUGAAAGUUCAGAAAUUAGAGAGGAUGCAGGACUACAGCAUUGUUCAAAGUCAUUGCAACCUGACGAAAUGGAGGCAGGUAUGGAAUCAAAAAAGAGUAAGUGUUCUGACCAAGGAGAUAAUGGAACUAGACAAAAUAAUACCCAAAGAUUUGAUCAGUUACAGUCUUUGUACCAUUUGAAAAAAUUCAGAUGGAAAGGGGAGCUGAUACAAAUUGUGACUCAGAAUGAGAAUGGACCAUGUCCACUUUUGGCCAUAGCCAAUGUCCUUGUGUUAUCAAAAAGAAUUAUACUUCCCAUAAUGCAAGAAUGCAUCACAGCAACACAACUGAUGGAAUACAUAGGGGAUUACAUAUUGACAGUUGAGCCAAAGAAUGUUGAUGAAUCAGUUCUUCUAAAUUACCAACAAAACAUGCAUGAUGCAAUUUCUAUCAUGUACAAGUUACAGACUGGAAUUGAUGUGAAUGUCAAGUUUACUGGCCCUCGUGAUUUUGAACUCACUCCUGAAUGCCUAGUGUUUGAUAUCUUGAACAUUGGCUUGUAUCAUGGCUGGUUAGUUGAUCCUCAAGAUUCCCAAAUUGUGCAUGCUGUUGGAAGUCUCAGCUAUAAUCAACUUGUAGAAAAAAUCAUCCGAAGCAAGGAGGAGAAUUCUGAUGAAAAUACAUUGACUGAAGGACUUGCUGUUGAGAAUUUCCUUGACCAAACUGCAAGCCAGUUGACUUACCAUGGAUUGUGUGAGUUAAAUAGUGCAACAAAAGAAGGGGAGCUCUGUGUAUUUUUCAGAAACAACCAUUUCAAUACAUUAUACAAGUUUAAGGAUGAGCUGUUUCUAUUAGUGACUGAUCAAGGAUAUCUUACCGAGUCAAAAAUUAUCUGGGAAACGCUUGCUAAUGUUGAUGGGGAUGGUCAGUUUGUUGAUGAGAAUUUUGUCACUGUUGGUCCAAUGACAUAUCAGCCUGCAAUGGCAGAAAGAAACAAACAAACACCAACUGAUCUAACACAAGAGGACAGAGACUAUUUGAUUGCUCUUUCAUUACAAGAAGAAAAUCAAACAGCACCAGCACCCGAACCAGUCCCUAUCAGUCCAGAGCAACAGGAGGCAAAAGACCUUGCACUAGCUAGACGCUUGCAAGAAGAGGAAAACCAGAUGGCAAGACAACACCAGUUACAGCAGCACCAUCAACAGAAUCAGCAAUUACUACUUCGCCAACAACAACCCCAACUUCCUCAUCAAAAUCAAAGACCUAGAGAAUUACAUGGGAAUGAAGAAGAAAGCAGAGGAGAAAAAUGUUUAUUACUGUGAGAAGACUGGGAGAUACAAAAUAACCUCCAAGAUUUCAGCAGAUUUUCCAAAGCCAGUAGGAGCCAAAAUUCUCAAUGCAACUAAAAUAAUUAAGUUGCUUUAAAUAACUUUGGCAAAGGUAAACUUUUGUUGGAUAAGUGGUUUCAUUUUAACUCUUAUCCAGAAAAAUACACAUCUUAUCUCAAAGGCUACUGUA